CUGCUCUCUGCAAUAGUGUGAAGGCUGAUUGCAGGAACAAGCAGAAUAUUUUCAUCACAAAACAGAAGACGGUGAGAUCUGAAAAAUUACACUGAAGUUGGCCGGUACAUUCUAGGCAACUGAAAAAAUAGCAGAGUCCUGAAGAGGGGCCUCAACCUGAAAUGACGACGGUUUAUUCCUUUCUAUAGAUUCUGACUCAUCUGCGUUCGUCCAGCAUUUUGGAGAUACAGCUUGGUUUGACGUCUUUCCAGCCCAAGGAGCCUGCGCCGCCAGUUUACACCAAUGUGACCACUUGACCUACUAACCAGUACAUAUUUGGAAUCUGGGAGGAAACCCGAGCACUCAGAGGAAACCCACACUUUUUGGAAAAUAUUUAACCAAAAGCUGGUUAUCUUUUCUUAAACCACAGAAUUUGGCUUUUGACAAGGGCUUAUAGAUAGGAUGACAGAUCACCUGGUAAACACAGAGAUCAAUGCACAACGAAUUGCUGCAGUUGAAAAUUGCUUCGGAGCAAAUGGUCAACCUCUAGCACUGCCUGGGCGGGUACUUGUAGGUGAGGGAUUAUUGACAAAAGUCUGUCGCAAGAAGCCAAAGGCCCGAAUGUUUUUCUUGUUUAAUGACAUCCUGGUGUAUGGAACUGUCAUCAUCCAUAAAACAAAAUAUGCUGGCCAGCAGAUAAUACCACUGGAAAAUGUUACUGUUCAAAACCUUGAAGAUAGUUAUGAGCAGAAAAACCAAUGGCUGAUAAAAACAUCACGAAAAUCAUUUGUAGUGAGUGCUGCAACCCCUCUUGAAAAAGAAGACUGGAUGAGGCAUAUCAGCAACUGUGUGGAACAGCUAUUGGAACAGACUGGAAAGACACCAUCUACUGAUCAUGCAGCUCCUUGGAUACCGGACAAGAUGACUGAAAUCUGUAUGCGGUGCACUCAAAAGAAAUUCAGUACUGUGAUCCGGAGGCAUCACUGCCGAAAAUGUGGCUUUGUGGUGUGCCAUUCCUGCUCGAAGAACAAAUUUCUUAUGCCUCAGCAGUCCUCAAAGCCUUUAAGGGUAUGCACACUAUGUUACCAUCAGCUAAUGGAAGAGAAGAGCAAGGAAUGCAGUAAAGCAGAUAACGUGACAGGUCAGAGUGCUACGGUUGCCAGCACCGACGAAGAUAGUGAGAAAUCCAGCGAUGAGGAGAAAACAGUGCAAUGGCCAGAGCAAGAGCAAUUCUUCUCAUCGGGUUGGUCUUGGUCCUCUUUCCACACUUAAUCCUGAUCAGAGGCAAUCAACUUUAUCAACACAAAGCAAAAAGUUAAGAAAUUUGCUUUAAGUAAUUUUACAGCAAAAUACUGAACUUAAAAUUAUAGUUUCAAUGUAUGCUAACCUGAGUAGAAGUAAACCUGAGCUUUACCUGGCAAAGCAUGUUUUUGUUUGCUAUUUGAGUGUCUGUGGACUAGAGACAUGAUUAAUUUGAUAAAUUGCUUUUUCACGCCUUAAAUCUUCCAAGAUGAACAAAAUUAUGUGAAUACUUGUGUAAUUUUGACGCUGUGUAUAUUUCAAGAUUCAAGAUUGUUUAAUGUCAUUUCCAGUGCACAAGUGGAAAGGAGAAUGAAAUAAUUGUUAUUCUGAUCUAAUGCAGCCCAAAAAAAAACAAAAUAAUUUCAAGAACACAAUAACAAAAAAACACUAAAUAUAAAUACAUAAAAUAGCUUACAUACAUAAAUUGAUGCUAGGCACAAGAGUGUCUGUACAUAAAGAAGUGAUAACGUAGUGGAGGUGGGGGUGUUGAGGGAUGGGUUAGCAGGUGAAGGUGUUGACUGUCCUUACUACUUGGGCAAAGUGAUGGCUUUUGAGUCUGGUAGUCCUGGCAUGGAUGCUAUGUAGCCUCCUCCCUGAUGGGGGUGGGACAAACAGUCCAUGAGUGCAGUGGGUGGGAUCCUUCAUGAUGUUACUGGCCCAUUCCCCACACCUUACUGUAUAUAGUCCUUAAUGCUGGGUGGGAUGGAGCCGGUGAUGCUUCAGGACCAUGAGCAAUCGUGAGAGGUGUGCACUCCUAGGAGAUUGAAACUGCUUGCAGUUUUGACUGCUGCGCCACCAAUGGGAAGAGAGCUGUGGGUGCUACGAGUUCUCCUGAAGGCGAUAACCAUCUCCUUUGUCUUGCUAACAUUGAGGAAAAGGUUAUUUUCCCAGCACCCAGGCCUGAAACUCUUCCACCACCUCUCUGUAGGUUGCCUCAUCAUUGUUGGUGAUGAGCCCCACCAUUGUCAUGUCAUCGGUGAACUUGACAAUGUAAUUACUCGAGUUUUGGCCCAUGGAGUCAUGUGUGAGCAAAAUAUACAGCAAUGGGCUCAGCUCACAGCCCUGGGGAGCACCUGUGUUGAGGAUGAUGGGGAGGGAGGAGAGGUUGUGCACCCUGACUGUCUGAGGUCUAUGGUUGGGAAGUCCAACACCCAGUUGCACAGUGGUGUAUUUAGACCGAGGAGUAAGAGUUUGUUCACCAAGGUCUGUGGGACAAAAGUGUUUAGUGCUGAACUGAAUCCAAGAACAGCGUUUCUGAAUGAUAUGGUUUGAGAUGUUGCCUGGUUCAAAAUCGGGUUCACCUAAGGGCAUAACAGAGGCGCAACAUUGGAUUUAGCAAAAACGAACCUGGAAAAUAAAAACAAUAAAAGUU